GCCAAUUAUCCGACUUUCUCAUUUGCAACUCCCCUGAGCAUAUCCGGCAUUGACUGCUAAGGGGCAAUAUUGCGCAUUGCAGCCAACUCGCCAUUCCGAUACUCUAUACCAGCGAACCGCAGCCAUGACUGACGAAACUCAGGUCGCCGACGAGGUCCCUCAGUUCUCCUUCAAAAAACGAUCAGCCAAGGCCAAGGCCAAUUUUCGCAAGAAGCCCGAGGCGCCGCCACCUGCUUCGGACUCCGAUUUCACGUCGUCCGAUGAUGAAGAGGGCCGCAGAAUCAAACGGCGACGCAAGAGCGCUGCAGUGACAGCCUCGUCUACAACCAAUGCACCCCGGAGAGACGAAGAACAGCCCGUCACGGCCACGCCGGCCCCAUUAGCAUCCAGCAAUGAUGCUACCAAGCAUUCGAAUUGGUACGAUGACGAGUUGGACUCAAAAAAUCUCUUGGGGAAGACACGGGCCCAACCAACGUCGAAUGCCCCCUCUACAUCGGAUGGCACGUACAAGGGCGCGGCCAAUUACCAGUCUUUCAUCCAAAAGAAUCCCGAUGCCCCGGCAAAACAGUUCGGCCCGAUCAAAGCCCCCACUAACAUUCGUACCGUGACAUUUAUGGAUUAUACGCCGAAUGUCUGCAAAGACUACAAACAGACGGGCUGGUGCGGGUUUGGGGACUCGUGUAUCUACGCUCAUGUUAGAGAAAACGUCUUACAGGGCUGGGAAUUAGAUAAAGAAUGGGAUAAAAAUACUCAAGGAAAGAAACUGGAUGGAAAAGUCGUCUCCCAACGUGGGGGUGACAGAUCAAAGGACAACGACGAUGAGGACGAGGAGCUUCUCGAAAGCAUCCCAUUUGCCUGUAUCAUCUGCAAGAAGUCAUAUCAGAACCCGAUUGUCACCAAGUGCGGGCAUUAUUUCUGCGAGUCUUGCGCCUUACAACGAUAUCGGAAAAAUCCAUCAUGUGCCGCAUGUGGCGCUGGCACCGGCGGGGUGUUCAACACCGCGAAGAAGCUGAAUCAAUUAUUGGAGAAGAAGAGAGAGCGUGCAAGGAAACGCCGGGAGCAGGCCAUAGCCGAUGGUGAAGAAGUCAGCAGUGAAGAAGUCAGCAGUGAAGAAGAGGAAGAGGCCCAAAGCGCUUAGGGCAGGUAUUAGUGGUUGGAAUGAGUUGGUAGUCUCAAUCAUGGAAGCAAUAAAGUCAUGUCUAUUGCAGCAGGUCUGCAAAUUAUGUAUAUAUAAUCUCACGGCAGCUCUAGGUUAUCAAAAUUGAACAGAAGUCAGCCUGAACAAGGCUCGGAGUUGGAACAUUACCAACUACGUAAAGAAC